AUGUCGAACAUUCCCAAAUCUAAAAACUACAUCCCACAAAAUGAUCUCAUUGAAAUGAAUAAACCGUUCAAGUUGUUAGGACUUAAGUGGGACAUUAAACGUGACAGAUUUAUUCUUGCUCUCUUGCCAUUUAAAGUCAAUAGUCCGUUAACCAAAAGAACUGUUCUUAAUCAUUUGACUUCUCAAUAUGAUCCCUUAGGUUAUAUGGCUCCUAUUCUGAUCUUUGGUGAAAUAUUUUUUCAAAAGUUAUUUUGCAAAAAAUUAGGUUUGGAUGAGGAAAUGCAUACAGUUCUUGCUAACGGAUGGAAAAAAAUAUGCCUGGAGUGGGCAUCCAUCUCCUGCAUCCACAUUCAGCGGAUGGUUCCCAUAACAGACUUCAAGCAAACUGAGCUUCACGUCUUUACAGACGCUUCAGAAUAA